CGUGCUACCCCUUCAGACCAAACUGGGGUUCGGGGAGAAAGCGUUGGGGGGAAUUGGUGUUUGCUACUGGAUUCCAAAGUGUCUUUCAAACUGAAUCUCUGUUUGUACUAAAAGUACUAAAAGCCAACCAAACAGCAACCAAACCCACUUAGACCAGACGCUGUGUAAAGAAGGUGCCAUUCACUCAAUGCUCAAUGAGUCUAAAGCAAAUGGAUGCUGGCCUUUAUUUUAACUUGUUUGACUGUUUUGCCAAUUUUGCCUUUUCUUUGGGGAUCUACAGAAUCUCCUGUCUCCUCACUCCCCAAAAUAGCAUUUACCUGAUUGGAACAGCGAUGGAAUACUAAAUUUAAAAUUUGGCCAACCACAAAGCUGAAAAACAAAACAACCCAAAAUUAUCUGUUGAUAGCAUUUAUUUUUACCAUUAACAAAUUAAGAAAGAAAUGUGCCAGUGGUGGAUUUGGGAAUUAUAAUGACUUCCAUUCCUGAGAUAGAUACUGGUUCAGGUGGAGAGAAUUGGGCUUCUUCCCCCUGGGGUGAAGCCUCUCAGGAACAAAGGUCAGAGAAUCCCCGAAAGAUUCCAUUUCAACAUCUGAGAAUCUCAAAUGCUUUGAAGGGGCAGGGUCAACUCUCUGAAAAAAGCAAAGGGUUUGUUGAGUGUUCCCCACUGAAGAGGGGGGGUUUGGGCAGAGAAAGACCAGAGAGGCUUCUUUGAAGAUACUUCAGGAGAGACAUAGGUCUCCUCUUUUCACCCUAAACUUAGGUCAAGAAAUACCCGUGGAGUUCCCCUGCUUAUGUGAGAAAAAGGUGUAGAACUUACUUUCAGUGUAAUAUUGCUCGAGGAAACAGCUGGACACCUGAACAACAACAACAAAAGUCUUGAGUUCUGAAUGCAACACACACAAUCCUAGAGCGUGGGUUUUUUGACAAUGUAGUAGAUGAAUUAAAGGAUGCGCCACCUAGUGGCCCAGAAGAUGAAACAGCAAAUAGAAAUUUUAAAUCCAGGAAUUCUAGCAAAACUACCUAAAAUCUUUAUGGGGAAAAGUUAUUUACUAAAGAAAAAAAGAAGAACUAAACAAAUGGAAAGUCAUGUUAUCUCAUGAUUGAGAAAACUUACCAUAAUUUCUCAAUCUUGCCAAAUUAAUUUGAAAAAGCAGUACAACUUGAACUGAAGUCACAACAUAUUUUUCUCAUAGCUCCCCUCCCCUCCUUAAUAACAACACCAUUCAUUGUUGAUCACUGAUGCAAUGUUAAUAUUUGGUAAGCCAAACCCAAAACAAGACAGUAACUUUAUUUUAUCAACAAAUUAUGAAGGAACUUUUUUUAAGAUAAUGGAAGAUAUAGCUAAUCCUAAAAUUUACAUGAUGGAGUACAGAGCAAGAAGAGCCAAAAUAGUUUUGAGGAAAAGUAUUAGGAGAUAUCAAGUAUAAUCAGAUAUCAAGAUUUCUUACAAAGCUCUAGCAAUCUAAGCUGUAUAUUACUAUCAACAGACAAAAAUAGACCAAUAGACCAAAAUCAUGAGCCUAGAAACAGUCCCACCUACAGAUACAAGCAUUGUUGUAUGAUAGAAGUAGCUUUAUAAGUCAAUGGUGGAAGGAUGGACAUUUUAAAAAUGACUGUUGAUUUGCAAAUGAUAAAGUCAGAUUCUUUAACUCACACAAUACACAGAAAUAUGUUCUAGAUGGUUUGAAAACAAUUCUGAAGAGGAAAAGUGAAACAAUUAAAUGCAUUCAUAGGUGGGUAAAGAACUCUUAAAGACAAAAGUACAAACCUACAAGGAAAAUGUUGAUAUAAUUUCCACACUAUUAAGAUAUUUUGUGAUAAAAGGUACUAUUAACAGUGAAAUGUCAAAUAAAUUGGAAGCAUGUUUUUAUAUUGAAAUAACUUCCAAAAGAAUGCUUUGGAAAUACUUUUUAAAAAAUGACAAGGAAUAAAUGAGCAAAAGGACUCAUACUUUCCUGGUAGGUGUAGAAGUUGACACAGACUCUUUGGAAGUAAAUUGACAGUGCCUAGUAAAGCUGAAAGGUGUGUAUCUCAUGAUCCAGAAAUUUCAAGACAAGACCCUAGAAAACGUACAAGUACACAAGGAAUUAUGCACAAAACUGGUGUUUUAGAGCCCUCUUGAGCGUUUAAAUGGUGUAAACAGCUUAUCAGGAAUGGUUCCACAGAGGAUGAAGGUCCACCCAGAGGCAAAGGUGAAUUGACCAGAUCCACAUGAUCAACAUGGAUAUCCCACACUGGGCGUAGCGAAAUCCCCAGGACCCUGGACCAUCCAGGAGGAGUUCAACAAGCCUGAAGACCUGAGUUCCACCCCCAGAACCCAUACUCAACUGUACAUUUUAUUUCAGAACUGGAGCAUGUCGUCAUGGAGACAGAUGUUCUCGGUUGCACAAUAAACCAACCUUUAGCCAGACCGUUGCCCUCAUGAACAUUUACCAUAACCCUCAAAACUCUGCCCAGUCUGCUGAUGGUGUGCGCUGUGCUAUGAGUGACUGGGAGAUGCAGGAGCACUAUGAUGAGUUCUUUGAGGAAGUCUUCACUGAGAUGGAAGAAAAGUAUGGACAGGUUGAAGAGAUGAACGUCUGUGAUAACCUAGGAGACCACCUGAUGGGGAAUGUGUAUGUCAAGUUUCGUUAUGAGGAGGAUGCAAAGAAAGCUGUGAUGGACUUGAAUAACCGCUGGUUUAAUGGGCAGCCAAUCCAUUCAGAGCUGUCCCCAGUGACUGACUUCACGGAAGCCUGCUGCCACCAGUAUGAGAUGGGCAAGUGCCUAAGAGGGUCCUUCUGCAACUUCAUGCAUCUGAAGCCAAUCUCAAGAGAGCUCAAACAGAAGCUGUCUAGGCUCCAUCGCAAGAGGCAUAGAUCCAGGUCCCGAUCCCGGGAAAGGCAUUCUCCAUCCAGAGACAUUAGGCAUGGUGGCACCAGAGAAGGUGGAGGACGAGAGCAUUACAGGAGGCAGUCCAGAUACCUCAAGAGAUAUGGGAGAUUCUGAGCCCAGUUGUUUAUACCUGUGUGUCUGUUAAACAGUGUUAUAGUUGAUUGACAAGCCAGUUCAUAUUGGAACUUUUUUUUCUUUUAACAACCAAAAACGAUGAGUUUUUGAAUAAAAUUUGUAGUGAUAAAAUAAGAAAAACCACCUUAUUAAAUACAGGGUUCAGGGUCUUCCUGUGAACUUUAGUCUGGUGAUUUUGUUGUGGUGGAAGCUCUACCUCAGCCCCUGACAUCCAUAUACCCAAAGGGUCUGGGAUGAUUAGGUGAAACCCCACCUCUCUCUCCCCAGACCCUACCCCUUUCAAAAAGCUUACCAAGCAACAGCCCAUCCCUCCUGAAAGCCCCCCGGGGCUACUCAGGACCUGGUAGCCUUUAUUGCCAUGUGAUUCCUAGCCUGCCUUCCCAAGGGUCACCUAGGAUUUCUUGCUCUGUUUAUUAAACCUGGAUUUAUUAACUUA